CGCAUAAUUAUUUCUCUCAAAGCAUUAAAUGAACCUCCAGGUUUGACGACUCUGACACACGACACUGGGGUCUCUUAGAACCCCCAAGGGUCCACUCCUUGAUAUGCUUCCGACAGGGACCCCCCUGGCCAGAGUAGUUCCUUGGCCGUAGCACCCGUUGCAGAGAAUCUUGAAGCAAUCAAUGCCGUCGGGCGUUAAAGAUUUCUAAGUCAACAUUCAGGAACCGUCGUCCCAUCAAUCUCAAACAUUGACCAAAGCCUCUUAGCUUGUUUCCCAAGACCGAUCCCUGUAAAUGUCAAGAUGGGGUGUCUUUUCAGAAUCUCUGUCGUUGGACAGAUGAUAAGCUGACGUUUCUUCUCUCUCAUGUCCGCUUGCAUAUAUCUCAUUUUGCUUCAUCUGAGGCGUGGCAACCAAUCCGGGGAUCGGCUCUUGGACAUCGAAAUUGCUCUUGCGCUUAUUACAUUCCAUCCUUGCACUCCAUCGUCAUCUUGGACCCAGUUCCCUGCUUGUUGCCGGCCGUUUAACCGCAUUCGACUCGAUUCUCAUCAACGGCUUCAUACGAUAGGCUUCCGUCAAAGGCGGGGUGGUCCCUGUGAGACGAGGGCCUUUUAUCCUCAAAAUCCAAGCAUAGAUCUCGCCCCCGCGCUGCAUUGGGCUUUGCUUUGCUUCACCCACUGUUCGUGUGUCAAUCUAUUCUAGACGCUUUACAAAACGACCCCCUCGUGCAGUCGCGAGACAUUUCAAUCAUGGCUACAAAUCUGUCACGGGCUGCUACUGUAUCGGCCGCCUCCGGAUAUCAACGUCGUAGGGGAAGCUUCACCGCCGACUGGACAGACAGCCAUUCUCUUUCCAAACAUUCAUUCGACAAGCGGGUUUCCAGAGACGAUCUUGCACUCAUUCUCAAGAGCUCAAAGAAGGGCAACGUGACGGCGUUUCAUAUACCGAUCCAUGGCCGACUUCCAUCCCCCGAACACAGCCCGCGAACCUCGUCACUGACGAGAACGACUUGGGUGCGAACUUCAACUCCGGAUUCUAUGAUAGAUUCUGGUGAGACUGGUGUUAUUGCUGUUGGUAUGGCAAUCGGAAGUCCAACACAAAUGGGAGACUUUGCGCCCACACCCUGGAAUCCACAGAACAGAGCCAUGAAUGCAGUCGUCGACAUCCCGGAGCCGAUGCCAGAGCCAGUGCCAGAGCCAGUCGAUGAGACCCAGCAGAAGGCUCGUAAAUGGGGUCUUUUCCGAUCAAAGUCGAAGCGAGCUACACGGCCAGAGAAGCCUCAACGAUCUAUGACGGAGAGUGUCAAUACUUCUACUACAUCAUUAGGUUCUUCUGGAAUGCCGACUUCAGCACCAGCAGAUCAGAGUUCACGGAAAAUGCCAAAGCAUAAACCGAUCGUCAUUCGAUCUCAAACUGAACCAAUUAUAUCAGAACCCGCGCAGACGAUUGCUGAAGUGCCCCGGUCGGUACCAACGUCAGCGGAGGUGAAACCUAUUUCGCCAGGAAAACUAACAAAGGAGAAGCCUGCUCUCCAGCGCAAGGCAUCAAAGGAAUCGAAGCUGAAGGAUCCAGGUUCGGGCGGUAUAGGCCGAAAAAUGUCGCUAAGGGGCCUUCGAGGUGACUCUAGUAAGAAGAGAUCAGAAAAAGCAAUCGCACCGCCGCCCUCAUCACCGCCUCCGAUGCCUCCGAUGCCUGCUAUUCCUCACUCUCUGCUAGAUGUUGAGAUUCCUAGCAUCAAGAUGGAUCGAUAUAGUGUCAUGUUUAACAGUGUUUUACAGCCACCCCAAGGGUCAGCCUCCUCACUUCUUGCUCGACGACAGGCUACUCUCGACCAUCUGAAGUCUGUGAAGGACGCAAUCGCCGAGAAUCGAGACGAGUCUCUUCGGCCACGGAGGGCAACAUCGCCACAGCCCUCCCCAACGUUUGUUUCACAGGAUAACUCAAAAUCUCUGCCUUCACCUCGGUUCCGAGCCAACACAUCGCCGGCUUUAUUGGACUCAUCAUAUUAUCACUCAGAAGAGUCCCCUGAGGCAGUCACGCCAAGAGUCGCCCAAAUUUCGCGGUCAGAAUCUCAGCACAACAAGUUCGCAGCGCAAGCUACGCAUUACCAGCCUGCACUUGUCUCCAAAUUUAACAGACGUCCCAGUGCUGCGUCUACGGAUAAGAUUAACGUUACUUCUGCAAAGCAGAUCUCACCUCCUGUGCCCAUUAUCUCGCCCAACACCCACUUCAAGCAUUCAUCUCCAUUUAUUCCCUCACCUGGCACAGUUCCUGAAUCUCCUGAACACACAGACGACGAGAAAGAUGUUCAGGUAGCUAAGGGAAGACUCUCUUCUCCUUCGGAACCCUCGUGGCACAUGGUCUCGCCCCCAGCUUCCAUCACGUCCUCCAGCGCCGAAACCUCGAGGCGAUUCUCACCAUCUUCAUCAUUGGCUUCGCCCAAGAAGCAAGCUCCCGAGGCUGAUGCCCAAGAGGCCUUACGCAACGCUGUUGAGAUCUCCAUCGCUCGCCAGAUCAGCGUCUCGCACCAGCAACGCAAGAUGCUGCACCCGCUAAAGAGCAACCCCAGCUUGAGACAUCGAGGUAACGGCAGCCCGAGCGGACCAGGUUACAUCGCGAUUGAGAAGGAUGAGCGUCUAGCUGAGACCAAGUCAUCUACCCCUACCUUGGUGCACCCGAGGGAGUUGACUCACUCUCCGGAUGCUUACCAAAUACACCGCAAGAGUGAGAGAGUGAUUCUUGAGGAAUCUUAAUCUCGCAUUUCAUAACGAACAACCAGAUCACCAUUUUAGUUUGAUUUCAUCUUGGUCACGAUUUCUACAAUACCCUUUUCAUGAUGCUCUGGCAGCAUCUCAACAUGGCGGACUCAACUGGUUUGAGCCGCCCUGUACAUACUACAGAGGGUAUCUUUCCCUCCUAUACGUUUGUCUCCUUUGUAUACUACGCUUUCAGUGACGGAUAUGUUUGGACAUUAUGGAUUACGGAUUACAGCAAGGCGCCAGAGAAGCAUGAAUGGGCAAGACAGGGGACACCAGCCUCGUCCCUAGAGCAUCUCGUUGGAGUUUCUUCUUCUUCAAAAAGCAAAGGGGUUGUCAUUUCUUUUAAGCACUCUGGGUCCAAAGGCCCAGAUUUUAUUCUUCUUUGUGUAUCUUUCGAUCAUAUUAGGCUUGGUGAUAAGAGAGCAUUUCACGCUUGUCCAGUUUAUGGACUUUUUUUUUAACAUGUCAAAAAGAAUGAUUCCCAUUUGGCACCCA